GGGCGGGAUUAGUUGAUGAUGUCAUAACGUGGCGGAUCCGUUUAGCUUGUGGUAUAUUCAGGCUCUUGUUUUGGACGUAAAUAACUUAAUUUAGGGACAAAUACUGAAUAGAAAGAGUUUUUUUUAACCCAGCUUGUAUUUUCGUUGUUUAAAACCAAAUUUAAACAAGGCGAAGUAACGCUGGUGUGCCUGCCUCUUACCCACGCAGAGCAGCUCACAGAGUGGGCUGGAAGCUACAAGAAACCGGAAGAAAACAACCAACACAGCGAGGAGGGGAUGGAGGUCGACUGCCCGCCCGAGGAGUCCGUCAGUUACACGUUUGACGAGGACUCCGUCGAGCUCUGCGACGUUAAGGACAUGAGGCUGGAGGCGGAGGCGGUGGUCAACGACGUCCUCUUCGCCGUGGCGGACAUGCACGUGUCGCAGAACCUCAGCAACGCGCCGGACAUGGCCUACAUCAACGUGGAGACCAGGGAGGGGAAUCGUUACUGCCUGGAGCUCACCGAGGCUGGGCUCAGGGUGGUGGGCUACGCUUUCAAUCAAGUGGACGAGAACCUGAGCACCCCGUAUCACGAGACUGUUUACUCCCUCCUGGACCAGCUCAGUUCGGGUUACAGGGAAGCGUUCGGGAACGCUCUGCUGCAGCGGCUGGAAGAACUGAAGCAAAGCGGGCGGUGAGGAGGACCAGGAGGCGUUUAGAUUUUAGCCACUGAUAACCGAGUCUUUACUAAGACACAUUAACGUAAUGCUGAAAUGCCACUACUAUGGCUCCGCUGACCCGUUAACCUCGCCUCGCUCUUUAGUUUCAGCAAAUUAAAAUAUUUCAUGUUAGUUUCUUAGUUCGAGCCUCAGAUUGGAUGUACGGGACCUGUUGCCGUAUAAUGUUGUUUACUUUAAUGUAGAAAUAACUACCAUCCAGUGUUGUUUAGGAGUUCUACUUUAUUAUUUUUUUCUACUUAAAAUGCUGGAACAGAAGCUUUAGGUGAUGUUUCUGUUUCCCUCUCAUUAAAACAGUUUUCUCCGACUAGUUUUUCUCUGGAAAAGAGCUCAGAUUGUAUUAUUUUAAUGAGACCAUUGCCUUAAUGACUGACUUGUAAAAGGAAAAAUACUCAUUAAUUCACUGAUCUUUACUUGUUUUCAUAUUUACUAAGAUAAAGUGAUUUAGUUUCAGUUCAGCUCAUCUUACUAAUUUACUUAUAGUAACAUGUUUUUGUUAAGUCCUGCACUGUACCUUUGAUCUUUAGUUUGUAGUUUUAAGUGGAAAUGUUAAGCUUUGUAAUUGGUAGUUUUUAUUCAUUUUAUUUGGUUCUUGUAAAAAAUAAUCUAGUUGUUGAACUUUGAUCAUUUAAAAUAUUUUUCUGUACAUGUAAACUGUAUUCUUUGUUUUGAACCAUUUAAAACUUCGUCCAUCUUUUUCACCUUUGACAACCAAUAAAAAGCAGUUUCAGUCGUCCUGAGGGUCACGAGGGUUAGAGACUUGCAACAGCGUGAAGAUCAAGACUGAACUGGAAAUUUAUUUCUGUUGACUACAUUUGAAUUUAAUGGUUUGUUUGCUUCACUGCACUCAAAAUAAAGUUGCGUUUGUACAGAU